AUGGCCGAUCAAGACGUGGAUUUGGACUCGAUCAUUGAUAGAUUGUUGGAGGUGAGGGGCAGCCGGCCUGGCAAGCAGGUUCAGCUUCUGGAGUCAGAGAUCCGUUAUCUUUGCACCAAGGCUCGGGAAAUCUUCAUCUCCCAGCCCAUACUGCUGGAAUUGGAGGCACCCAUCAAGAUCUGCGGUGAUAUUCACGGCCAGUACUACGAUCUUCUGCGUCUUUUCGAAUACGGUGGCUUCCCGCCCGAGGCCAACUACCUGUUCCUGGGUGACUACGUCGACCGUGGCAAGCAGUCGCUUGAGACCAUCUGCCUCCUUUUGGCUUACAAGAUCAAAUACCCCGAGAACUUUUUCGUUCUCCGUGGUAACCACGAGUGUGCGUCCAUCAACCGUAUCUAUGGUUUCUACGAUGAGUGCAAGCGGCGGUACAACAUUAAGCUGUGGAAGACUUUCACGGAUUGCUUCAACUGCCUCCCCAUUGCGGCUAUCAUCGAUGAGAAGAUCUUCACCAUGCACGGAGGUCUGAGUCCCGACUUGAACUCGAUGGAACAGAUCCGUCGUGUUAUGCGCCCCACUGAUAUUCCCGACUGCGGUCUUCUUUGCGACUUGCUCUGGUCCGAUCCCGAUAAGGACAUCACUGGCUGGAGCGAGAACGAUCGGGGUGUAUCCUUCACAUUCGGUCCGGACGUCGUGUCACGGUUCCUUCAGAAGCAUGAUAUGGACCUGAUAUGUCGCGCACACCAGGUCGUCGAGGAUGGCUAUGAGUUCUUCUCCAAGAGACAGCUGGUUACGCUAUUCAGUGCUCCCAACUACUGUGGCGAGUUCGACAACGCUGGUGCGAUGAUGAGCGUCGACGAGAGCCUACUUUGUUCCUUCCAGAUCUUGAAGCCAGCAGAAAAGAAACAAAAGUACGUUUACGGGGGCAUGAGCUCAGGCAGGCCCAUCACUCCUCCGCGAAAGCAAAAGAAGAAGUAAGGAAUCAUACGAGCUUUUCCAUGUGCAGCAGGUUCGGGCGGAGAUAAGAACGUCAUAAGUCCCACACAAUGUCACACUACAACGAGAGACCCAAAUCCCCAACGACAUUCGAUGGCCACACAUUAGACGAUCGGCAGCAGCAGUACACCCCAGCCGCCCGAGAACCUCACGACACGCAGAACGUCUCAAUUUUCCCUCCGCGCAUACCAGACUCCAGCGACUCCCCCAGUCAUUGAUUUCCCGCUGAAUGUGUUUCAUUUUCUAUAUGGAAGGUAGUUUCUGCUCCAAGUAGGGGUUGGUGUUUUCUCAUUCUUGUUGAUCUUCAUUCUUCAACUUCCUUUUUCUCCUUUACCUUUUUUUCCUUCCCAUUGUCCAACUUGUGUUGUCCGAAUUCAUUUGACAGGAAGGGGAAGCGACGGGCUGCAUCUGGUGUUUUCCAAG